AUGUCACAAACCAUCCCAGGACGCGGAUUACCGAUGGAAAUUGUCGAAGGCAUCAUUGACAAUGCGCCCGAUGGCCCGACAUUCCUCGCAUGCAGUCUCGUCUGCCGCGAAUGGCUCUACAGAUGUCGGUUUUACCUCUUCCAACGCUUCUCGUUUGCUGCCGGCGACGCAAACGACGUAUUGCCGCACCUAACAGAUGUAGACUAUGACAAGAAAACUCGGAGAUGGAGAAAGAGAAACGCCCGUCGUGGAUCCGGGGAUACAGUAAAGCCCGGGCUACUCCCCGCUGGGCGGUUCAUCCAAAGUCUAGUCAUCACCGAAACCUCGCCUGCACAUCUCAUGACAUCGCGAGAGCAAUGGGAGACUAUCCGUCUUCUCAUCGCUGCCAUGCCAAAUGUACGCGAAGUCCAACUCGUUGGCGUAACCGAAUGGGCCCUCGAGCGAUAUCUCGAUGGUGUUUUGGGACGGUGGCCUGUUCAUGUCUUUUCAAGACCUGUAGGAGAUGAAGGCAUUUUGGACGGAGAAGAGUCGCCCUCGGAUACAGAUGACUUGACAGACCAAGUCCAACCCCCAGAGUCCCGCUUGAAGGCCUCACACUUCGUCACGUUCGAACAGGGGACUGGUCUUCUCGAGACAAAGGCAAAAGUCGAGCAAGCACAGGACAACCUUCAGGUACUCGAGAACCUCCCAUCUAGCCUAAAGCGAUCCACGCAGAUUGUCAAGGAAGAUGAAGCGAUCAAAUUCGGGUGCUUGGAGAGAUUGGCCAUCGAGGGAGAGAUACCCGGUCAUGUUUUCGGCGAACAGCUACUCAAAGAGAUUCUUGAGACGCCUUCAGCAAGUCUCCAAAAGCUCACAGUCGUCGAACUUGCACCCGGCCUAUUGCCAAAGGCAAAACAACUCUUCACUGCCGCAAAAUCAACUAUUAAGACCCUCAUAAUUCACUGCGACUCCUUUACGGGAGUCCCAUUCAACGAUACAUCACGAACCUACUCAUUCGAAAUGGACCUUUCACCCCUAAUCCGGCUCACAGAACUACACGUAGUUGGCAUCCGUGCACACUCUGGAUACGGCGCCUCCGCUGUCGGGAUUCUCUAUGCGCUUAUCAAGGGCCUUAGCAAGUUUCCCUACAGCACGAUCCGAAAGUUGCACAUCUUGUUUACUUCUACACUCUCUUACUCGCCUUACGGCGAAGACCAGUGGAGGCUGUUCGACGAGGUUCUUGCGAUGCCGCACAUUGCGGCUAGAUUAGAGGACGUAGAGCUCGUAGGCGCUAUGAGCUUUGCCGGGAAAAUGCACAGAUAUAUGCCAAAGACGCGCGAAAGGCGGCUCUUGCGGCUUCUUGCAUGA